AUGGUGGUUACUAUGGUGUAUGCAAAGUGUGAUGAAGUGGAAACAGUUAAUUUAUGGGACUGUUUGUGUAAUAUAUCGGCCACUAUGUCAAUGCCAUGGCUAAUAGGUGGUGAUUUUAAUGUAAUUCUGAAUGAAGAAGAGAAGAUUGGGGGCUUACCUGUUUUCCCUCAGGAAUAUAAAGAUUUUGCUUGUUGUGUCAAUUCCUGUGAGUUGUCUGAGGUUAACUUCAAAGGCAGCCCUUUUACAUGGUGUAAUGGUAGAAUAAAUGGAGAAUGUAUUUUCAAAAGGUUGGAUAGGAUGCUUGUUAAUGAUUUGUUUCAAUCCUGGUUUGGUCAAAUUGAAGUAGAUCACCUGUCAAGGACUGGUUCUGAUCAUGCACCUUUGUUAUUAUCUUGUACUGAUCAAACUCAGACAUUUAUUAAAACUUUCAAAUUUUUGAAGUUUUGGACUGAGCAUGCAGAUUUUCCUUAUGUAGUUAGGCAACAUUGGCAAGGUGAUUCAGCUGAUGUUUUUCUGGCUUUUAAGAAAAAAUUGAAAAGUGUGCAAUCUGCUCUAUCACAGUGGAGUAAGCAUACUUUUGGGGACAUUUUCAAACUGCUGAGCAUUAGAGAGGAGAAAGUUAGAAUUAAAGAAGACUUGUUUGAGGAAUUCCCUACAGAAGGUAAUAGAAUGAUCCUUCGAAGAGCACAAGCUGAACUGAAGAAAUAUAUGCAUUAUAAGGAGGAAUUUUGGAGACAAAAAGCUGGUUUUGACUGUUUUGCAGAAGGAGAUAGAAAUACAAGAUUCUUCCAUAAUAUAGUGAAGGGCAGAAGGAAGAGAACACAGAUCAAAAGAAUACAAAAUUCUGAUGGUAUUUGGAUUGAAGGGACUAACAAUCUAGCAGAUGAGGCAAUUUCCUUUUAUCAGAAGCAAUUCACUCAAGAGCCUCAGCAGGAGGAGUUUUCAUUAUUGGAGCAUAUUCAAGAACUGGUGACAGAGGAGGAUAAUAUUGUAAUCUGUAGUAUUCCAAGUCUUGAAGAAGUCAGGCAAGCAGUAUUUGAACUAGCUGGGGAUAGUGCAAGUGGCCCUGACGGUUUAUCAGGUUUGUUUUACCAGUCAUGUUGGGAUAUAGUUGGUGUUGAUGUGCAUAAGGUAGUGAAGGCUUACUUUGAGGGUCACACUCUUCCUAAGUCUAUAACACACACCAAUCUUGUAUUGUUGCCUAAGAAGAAUAAAGUUGUGACAUUUUCUGAUAUGAGGCUAAUAAGUCUUAGCAACUUCAUAAACAAGAUAAUUUCUAGAGUGUUACAUGACAAGAUUGAUCAUAUUCUUCCUAGGCUCAUUUCAGCUAAUCAGUCUGGUUUUGUUAAAGGGAGAAACAUCAUUGAAAAUGUCUUGUUGACUUAG